CAUGCAUCGAAUUAACACACUGAUCAGUGAUCGAACAUCGAUCCAGCAUUUCACCAGUCACUAGGUGGCACAUGCAUGUUGUUUUCACCGGGCCUCAAAGUUACAUCCUGGAGCUGGGCCGAAUUAUUAUACUCCUAAGAUGUUUAAAAAAUUCAGUGAUAAAGAGAAUAUCUCUGGAACAACUCAGGUCAAGACCUCAGUCAUCCGAAGUAUCCGGGAAAAACUCCUCGACAAAUAUCCCGAUAUCAAAGAUUAUAUUGAUCAGAUUCUACCAAAGAAAGAACCCAUGAAACUAAUCAAAUGCCAUGAUCACAUAGAAAUUCUGGCUGUUGGUGGAGAGCCAAUCUUCUUUAAACAGCGAGAUGAUUUCAUGCCCACUUUGAAACUUCUACAUAAAUAUCCCUUCCUACUACCACACCAGCAGGUUGAUAGGGGUGCCAUUCAGUUUGUUUUGAGUGGAGCUAACAUCAUGUGUCCUGGUCUGACAUCACCAGGUGCCAAUCUUGUCCAGGCUGAGAAAGAAACAGUAGUUGCAGUAAUGGCUGAAGGAAAGGAACAUGCACUGGCAGUAGGAGUCAUGAAGAUGUCAACAGAUGAUAUUAAAUCAGUCAAUAAAGGUGUCGGUGUUGAGAACAUCCACUACUUAUUAGAUGGACUGUGGCAUAUGAAGGCAAUCAAGAAAUGAUAGGUCUGCCCUGAACAUCUUUGAUUUUAAAACAAUUAAUCCCUCAGAUUAUGCUCAUCACAAAUAUGAAAAGCAGGAGAUGGUUUGUAUGUACCCUUUACUUUUCUUUAACUGGAAUAUACAUGUAACCAUUUUUUACUUGCAAACAAAAUGUGUGACCUCCAACCCCAUCAAGCAAGUCCAAAGCCUUGUUGGAAAACCAGUUUAAUAUUAUUUAAUAAAGAUCAUCUAUAAAAGAUGUUUAUCAUACAAAUUUCCCAAGAGAAAUGUAUACAUCAGGUUGACUGAAACUUGCUGUACAUUUUGCAGUCGCACGGUGUACACAGUCAAUACGUACUGGAAAAAUUCAGUUGUAAAAGUCUUUCCAGGCAAAAAGAUUUAUUAAAAAAUCAAACUUGUCAUUAACCACUUCCUGGCAGGGCAGUUAUCAAUGUUGAUGAUGCUGGAGCAGGAUAUUUAUCAUUUUUUUUGGUUUUCAAAAUGCUUUUAAAAAUUCCUAUCUUAAUUAACUGCACAAAAUACCCACACGAAGAAUUGUCUGGUCUCCUCUCUAGCCUGGCAGACAAAAUCAAUGCAGCCAGGCCUGCAGCCUUGUAAAAAAAGCCCAGAUUGUGUGGUGUUAACUAACUUUCUUUUGUUCACGAACC